CGGGUGUCACACACUGCUCCGCACCAAAACUCCAGCCAGCCCAGAUAAAGCCAUGGCGCGCCGGGGCAACCACACCGCCUCGCCCUCCAUGAACGCCACGCCGGCGUCCAUGAUCGCCUCCUCGCCGUCUCCCCCGAAGCCGCAGCCUCCAGCCGCCGGCGCCGGCGCGUGGGGGCCUUACUCCAGCUCCCGGGCCUUCUUCUCCAACGUGGCCACCAUCCUCAUCAUCCUCGCCUGCGUCUCCCUCCUCGCCUUCUCCCUCCACGCCGCCGCCCGCUUCCUCCUCGGCUGCCUCGCGCGCCGCCGCGCCGCGCGGGCGCAGGAGCCGAAGCUCCCCUCCGACGCUGCCGCCAUCGCCAGCGCCAGCUCCGAGGCCGCCGGCGCCCCCACUGCCGGCGUGUGGGCGGAGGUGGAGUGCGCCAUCUGCCUGUCCGAGCUGGCUGACGGCGAGCGCGUCCGCGUGCUCCCAGCGUGCGGGCACGGGUUCCACGGCGCCUGCGUGGAGGGAUGGCUCGCGGCGCGCGCGUCCUGCCCCACCUGCCGCGCGCCGUCCAGGCCAUUGCGCGAGCGGGCGGGAGAGCCGUAGCCAACACAAAGCAUCAGGUUGCCGCCAUGCCUUCGUCACUGGGCUCUGUCUGUGACAGACAGGAAGCGACGGCAAGUACAUUGUUAUGCUGGAGCAAGCUCUGCUCCCGUGCUCCAUGCCUUCGGUCCAUGGUGUUUGUUUCAUUAUGGUGUAUGAUG